AUGCCUACAUAUUAUCAAUGGUCCUUUGUAAAAAAAACAAGGAGUAAAAAUAUUUACCCCAGUUUAGAAGUAACUACGCAUCCUUUACGAACUGAAAAUAUUAAAAUCACACCAAGUCUUAAUAAAACGUUGGUGGAAAACCUGCAAAAAUGGAGUUCAUCGUUUCAAGAACUAGAUCCACUACUGCGAUUUGAAAAAAUGAAUGAAGAAGAGGCAUCAUUUUCAUUAAAUAUAAACGAAGAUAAUCUUGCAGAUUAUUCUAAAACAUGGAGUACCAAACGUACAUUUAUUCUAAAUAAAUACACAACAGGUGAAAAACUAACAAUUAUAAGUAGCUUCUUGCCAGGAGGUGAAAAAACCUUAAUCAGACAGGUAUCCAAUUUAAAUGAAAAAGUGAAGCAUAGAUUAGAGCAGCUUGAUGAUUUUGAUGAAUCGUCUGUAAGAAAAACUAUGGGCUUAAGUCAACAAGAGUUUGUGACAAAAGUACACAUGUUAGAUGAAGAAAUAAAAAAGGCAUGGGACUCGGAACAAAGAGUGAAAGCUUUUAAAAUAGCUAUUCAGUGCUCUAAAUUACUCUCAGAUGUUAGUGUCAUGCAGUUUUACCCAAGCAAGUUUGUCCUGAUAGCUGAUGUACUUGAUAACUUUGGGUCAUUAGUUUACAGCCGAUUAAAGAAUAAGAGCUAUGGAAAUAAGAAUGUAAAUUUCCAAGAUAUUGACCCGAAUGCAGUACCAGAAAUCGCUAAGGAGACCUGUCAAAAUUGGAUGUUUAAAAUGGCUUCAAUAAGGGAACUGCUACCUCGACUGUACAUGGAAAUGGCAUUGUUACAGUGCUAUGUAUUUUUAUCAAAGGAUGAAAUAGAACCAACAAUUGUGAGGUUGACAAAAAUGAUAAGGGGGAUGGGUAAUCCUCUAGUAGCAAUAUAUAUACGAGUUUAUCUUUGCAAUGUUGCUUCAAAGUUGUUGGGCAGACAGAGUGAACCGUUUUUCUAUAAUAACUUGAAGGAGUUUAUCGAUGAAUAUCAGCAGAUAUUUCAUCCUGCUAUGUUGAAAAAGUAUGGAGCACAACUUCUAACCGCUGACCAAUACUUGAACUUAUAUGUACCCGCAAUAGACUGGAUGCUAUAUGGAACUUUAAAUUCAACCAACGAUAAACUCACUUUACUUGAAGAACUAUUAGAAAAAUGUGAAUCAAUUGAAAAUAGUGAGCUUCUCUUAUGCUGCAUUAUUUCCUCAUUUGAUUCACCGAGUAUAAUACAGAAAUCCACAUCAAUUCUCGAUAUAAUCGGCAAAAAUGCUAAUGGAAUGGUAAUGAUGCAUUCUGCACUAACAUCGCUCGGGGAACAUCUGUGCGUUGUUGAGAGUUACCGGCAGCCUUCAGCCGAGGUGCUAAGUCAGACCUGGUGGAAAUUGGCAAGCGGUAUUAAAAACACGGCCAAUUUUCUGCAAGUUCUGGAACCGUGGAUUCAGUUUGCUUGUUUGCAGUUGUCUAGUCAACACAUCAACGUCAUCCUCCGAGGCACAAUACGUUACAUGAUCAAGUGCGGCCAGCCGCCAGACGAUUACUCUACCCAGAUACAAGCUGUUGUUAAAAGAAUGCUGAAGCAUAUACCUGAUGUUGAAGAAUUGUUUUUAAUGGACGCAUUUAUGCCACUCGUGGAAUUAGUACAAACGUCGGCCGCUCGUACUUCCAUGUCCAAGAGUGUGCUCUCCAUAUUCUUCGAAAGAUAUAAGGCGGACCGUAUCGACGAUCCCAUCGUCAUCUCCAGCCUGAUGAGACUCUGUCGCAUUCUUCACGACUCCAUAAAUGCGGUCAGCGUGGAAGACGAGAGCAAAUGUUGCGCGGAACUGAUUAACAAGUACAUACAAGUUUCACACCACGAUGACCUGGAGACGCAGCUCAACUUUUACGUUGAGUGUCGCGCUGCUUUCAUCAAACUCGAUGCUGUGCUGGUGGCUCUUGUACACGCCGUGAACACACUGUCGACGCGUGGUCCAUCGUCUCGAGGCCGAUGGUUGCAGCGCGCGUGUGCCGCGUACUGUUUCAUCACGGUUCCUUCUCUACACUGCGCCCUCGCUCGUUCUACUCUCUAUCUUCUUUCGGGUCAGGUCUCACUCCUUAACAACUGUAUUGGACAAGCUGAAGCGAACUUCAAGGCGCUAGUUGGAGUGAUACCAGAAAUCCCUCAGUUCGUACAUGAAGAUGGACAGCAGAAACCCACACAAGACAGGGUUAUGGGACUCAUCGGUAGUUUCCUGUCGACGCUUUUAAUACUGCCAGAUAACGUCGACAGCAACACCAAAGCGUAUAUAUUAAGUGGAUUUAUAAAAACCAUGGAGAGAAUACCGUGGCGUAAAACAGAUCCAUUGUAUUACACGACACUCUUACGCAUAUUAGACUUGCUCUGUGAGAUGACGCAAGAACAAUAUUUGUAUAACAUUGAUUCAGUAAUUUCGAACGACGAAUUAUAUGGCGCCGAGGAAGAGUUUAUAAAAUGUUUAGAAAUCUAUGCUACAAAUAUAUGUCAAGAGGUUCUCGUAGUCUUGAAAUUCCUCUCUGACGCGAAGGAAGCAAAGAAACAGUAUAAUUUAGCCUUAGAAUUGUUUUGGAGGAUCGUAAGACGAGGGGACUUGGAACAGCCUUCAAUGUCGAGUUUGGCCUCAAACCUGUGGAUGUUGUCGCAGAAAUUGCAAGACUCCAAUACUAAAUUUGCCAAAUCAAUUUUAACUGCGUUAAAAACCGCUCCGGGUGGACCACAAUUGCUUGAAAAGCUUAAAGUUCAAUAA